UCGCUCCUGUCCAUGUGCUACUGCCUAGGAUCGGGUCCCCAACGUUGCCGCAGGCUGCAGCAUGCAGUGCGGCUGCGUGGCCCCGGGGCUGCCCGCCCUGCCUGGCUCCUACUGGGUACCAGGGCUUGCCUUCCCAGAUUGGGCGUAUAAGGCCGAGUCCAGCCCUGGCUCACGACAGAUCCAGCUCUGGCACUUCAUCCUGGAGCUGCUGCAGAAGGAGGAGUUCCGCCAUGUCAUUGCCUGGCAGCAGGGCGAGUACGGGGAGUUCGUCAUCAAGGACCCCGACGAGGUGGCACGGCUGUGGGGCCGGCGGAAGUGCAAACCCCAAAUGAACUACGACAAGCUGAGCCGAGCUCUCAGGUAUUACUACAACAAGCGCAUCUUGCACAAGACCAAGGGCAAACGCUUCACCUACAAAUUCAACUUCAGCAAACUCAUCUUCGUCAACUGCCCGCUGUGGGACCUACGCUGCCCCCCAUUGCUGGCAGGCGCCGUUCCCCCCGCCCUGCCGAGCCAGCUGCUGCAGAACGCGUUGCUGAGCCGGCGGACGCUGGCGGAGCCGCUGGGCUGGCACCGUGGUCCCCGGCACCCACUGCUCCCUGAGGCACCUGAGAAAUCCCGUAAGUGUGGGGCACUGACGGCCUAA